CGGUAGGCGUGUCCUCGGCCCAAGCUGACAGCAGCAUGAGAGUCGUGGUACUGGCCGCUGGUUACGGUACUCGGCUUCACCGGGAGCUGGAGGCCGAGCGGCGGGCGGAGCUGCGGGCGCUGCACGGUACGCCUAAAGCCCUGCUGCCCGUCGGCGCUCAUCCGCUCCUGUCGCGCUGGAUGGGCCUCCUCGGGGGCUGCGUGGCCGACGUCUGCGUAGUGGUGAGUGGCCGGGCGCCGGAGGGCCGAACUCUUCAUCUCUUGUCUCAAUUUUUGUGUCGCUUCUCCAUCCGUCACCAGACUAACGAGCUGCACCGCCGGCGCUUCGACGACUGGGCCAGGAGCUUCCCGGGAGUUCGCGUGGUCAGCGACGGCACCACAACCGACAAGGGCCGUCUGGGUGCUGUUGGCAGUCUGCACUUUGCCAUCAGCCACUUUGGAAUUGCUGAUGACGUCCUCGUCAUCGGAGGAGACACUUUACUCACCCAGGACUUCUGCCUCCCCGACUUCCUGCAGACGUUUUGUGAUCUGCAAGCCACGAGUGCCCCUGCCAGUCUGGUCCUGUCGUACCAGUGCGCAGAAGAAGAGACCUCCAAGUAUGGCAUCCUGGAAGUGGAUGAAGAUGGGCGCGCCGUGUCGAUGAAGGAGAAGCCCAGUGCCAGUGCCACGACUUCGCGCAGAGCGUGCCCCUGCCUCUACCUGCUCUCACGGGCGGCCAUCUCGCUGUUGCCGACGUUUCUGGAGGAGAAGAAGAGUGCCCCACUGGAGACCAAGGACGCCCCCGGCUUCUUUCUAUCCUGGCUCAUAGCGAGGUCCCCCGUUUACGUCUACGAGGUUUCUGGCCGCUUUGAUGUUGGGAAUGUCGCCUCGUACCUCGAGUGCCACUCGUACUUUCAGAAUAAGGAACUCUGAACAGGUGGCAGAGAUGGCGCCUCCCGGCGGUCCCAGCGAGUGUUGCCACACACCGAACAGUUGAGGCCGCAGCGUGGGCAGACACGAGAGAAAUAAAAUGUGGAUUAAAAACACGAGA